AUGUUCGUGCUGUCAAAGUUACCAAAACGAUUGCUGUCAGCUCAAACCAAUGCUGAAGCUAAGAAGAAAGUACUGAAAAUCGGAUCGCUUAGAGUCCCGAUUGGGGAAGCCACGCGACCUGAGUUGGUACCUGCAAGAGGCAGCGGUCCUGCGCUUCGGUCUUCAGCUGCUGAAGUCUUAGCGCAUUUGAAAUGGAUGUUACAAAAGGAAAUUUUGUGCCAGGAUAUAUUUCUCAUUGGUGUGCCAGGAUCAUUUCGAACAGAUAUUGUGCUUCAGUAUCUGGAACUAUGUAAUCGAGAAUAUGAAUAUCUAGCGGUGACUCGAGAUACGACCGAGGCUGAUAUAAAGCAACGUCGUGAAAUUCGAGGCGGUACAGCUUACUACUCUGAUCUCUGUGCGGUUCGAGCUGCCUUGCAUGGUCGCGUUUUGGUCAUUGAUGGAGUGGAGAAGGCGGAGCGCAAUGUGUUGCCUAUUCUUAAUAAUCUUUUAGAGAACAGGGAAAUGCAGCUUGAGGACGGACGUUUCCUCAUGCAUCAUGUCAAGUACGACAAACUAAAGCAGAAUUACUCAUCAGCUCAAUUACGCGAGAUGGGUAUUGAAAGAGUGUCUGAACGCUUUCACAUAAUAGCACUUGGUUUGCCUGUCCCUCGAUUUAUUGGAAACUCGCUUGACCCUCCUUUACGUUCAAGAUUUCAGUGUCGCAGUGUACAGGACCCUUCAUUUGAGGCUAGCUACCAUGGUAAUUGGCUCACCAUCAUUUUUUACUACAAAUCAUCAUUUCAGACUACUCGGCGCUUGUGUAGUGAGUUGGCACCUAGCGUAUCCUCAAACUCCAUCACCGACUUGAUAUCUAUGAUCUAUGCAAUAAAUUCGCAACCCGAUCUUGGCAUCUCUCGAGUUCCGAAUGCAGCUCCAUUGUAUUCUGCAGAAGAGAUGUUCAAUUUUAUGUAUCCAUGCAGGAGCAUGUUCAAAGAACAUCAAAUGAAGCUUGUAGAUAACUUUGUAGCAAAGUUCAUAAGUGAGGCAUUGAGUGGCUUCUCUUUAUCGAAGGAACCCGGCUUCAUCCCUACGCCAUCCUAUGAAGCCACGCUCGCUGAUCUCACUGUUGCCCAUUCUCAGGGAGAUUUCGCUCUCGUAGGUAAGAUGAAAAACUUUCAGGGCAUUCAAUCGGCAAUGCACUCCGUAUCAGUCCAUACACUUAAGGACAUGAAUUCUCGUGAGCUGUUCCAACGUCGACGAAUGCUUGGCAACGGAGAUACGCUGUGGGAGGAUAGUCAGCUUGUCACCGCUGCUAAAAAAGGAGAUCGUGGUACCAUCAGCGUCGGCAGCAACUGUUUCGAAGCUUGUAAACUUUGUAGAACGACUGAGAUCAUCUGCAGACGCAGGAAUUUUCAAACUAUCUUUGCAGAGUUUUCUGAUGACGUAUCUCAACUUCUGAAUAAGAAUUCAGUGAAGGAUGGGGAUGAAGCAAUGAUACCGGACGUCCUCUUCUAUGAUAACAAAGAAGCAAGUUUUCUUUCUGCUUGCGUCUGUUACUAUCAUGAACUGUAUCUAUCGUCCACCUAUGUGAAAUUGUUUAGUAACAAAAGCUUUCCAGGUAACGACUUAUUUGGUGUUCUUGGCGACUUAUUCUCUGUGCACAUGGUUGACAAUCCAAGCCGAGAGAGCGAACUCAAUCUGCUUAAGAAGUAUGGACCGGGUAAAUUUUCAGAUGUUGAAAACGCCAUUCUUCUAAAGUUGAUGACUGCGUUCACGGAACUGCGGGAAAUGGUUAGCGAUGGAAUCUUGCAGUACCCUUACUCUACAAGGGAGCUUGUUAACAUUGUAAAGCACAUCAAUAAGUUCCCGCACGAUUCUCUCACAACUGUCAUAAGAAAUGUCUUUGAUUUCGAUUCGUUCUCAGCCGAUACUAUGAGCAUUGAAGGACUUCCGAAUCGAGUAUUUCUCUCCCAACGACUUCACCUCGAACCUGCUUCUUGCGUUGGCACUUGGGGCCUUCAAAAGACUGAUUCACCUGUCGUACUGAAUACAAAGGAGGUGUAUUUAAACGUGAAGGAUGAAGUUGUCGUCAAAAGUAAACUAUUGAAGCUUCUGAAGAAACAUAUGCGAGCGAAACAGUUUACAGAGCAGGAAUGUGCAUGGCAGAUCCCUAUGCUUGAUGUAAAUAUAUGCUCUGAUGGAGUUUUGGUAGAAGAUACUCUUGUUGUGGCUACUGUGAACCCGCCUCGCCUAUAUCUCGUCAGAAACUUGACCGAAGCAAAUCAGACAAACUCAAUUGGUUUAGUAGAUUUGGAGAGAAAAGUGCUUCAGAUCAUAAAAUUGGAAUAUUCCGCCUUGGAUAGUGUUGCCAAAAUGUUUGACAAUGGUGAGUAUCGCCUCAUACGCGGUGCCUCGCCUCUCUUAUUUAAUCGCUAUGGGACACGAAUCUUCCUUUUUAACCCGGAUAACAAUGUAACUCUGAUCGAUUUGGAUGAAGAAAUCGACGAUGUACUUUCUGUAGGAAGUGAUAGGUUCAUUAUUAAACAGAAGGAUCGGUCGAAAAUUUUUGGAAGUGCUCGUCGAAGUGCCACCGAAGUAGUGGACCCUCGUCAACCCCAGUACUUGUCGGAUCAGGAAACGUCGAAAUUCUCUGACCCACAAAGGAAUGCUUUGGUUUUGCGUGAUGGGGUUGUCGUCAGGGCUCAACCUAAGUGGAGAGUUCCUAAGGAGGCAGUAAAAGAAGCUCUGGCAAAAGUUUUUUUUUUAUGUUCUAGGUCUUGGUUAGCAAAAUUCGGGCAAACACCAUUCGUGCUUAUACCAUGCAACAGUGACAGGAUGCUUACAAUUGACUCAAGUGGAGGAGUGCGUUCAUUUGAGUUGUCUCCUUCUACUCUCGGGAGAUCAUACAAUGAAUGGAUUCGUUUAGUAGGAGGAGCUGAAGACCAAGAUUUACGAUUAGAGUUUGAAAGUGAGGAUAAGUUCGAUAUCUCAAAACUUCUUGAUCCAAAAAUUGGGAAGUUUGAUCCUAAAAAUGCCCCACACCAUGGUGGAAAUCAAUGGAUGGGUGGCACUGGUGGAUACAGCACUGCUGGUUUGGGUGGAGCUGGAGGACCAUUCAGGCUAGAUGCAGGGCAUGACGUGCAUCAAAUGCCUGAUUCCGCUAAACGGCAGGAAAUCGCCAUGUCAGAAUAUGAUGCAGAUGCGUAUAUGUCGCUUUGGAGUAAAAUUGAGAAACACUCCAAUCUCUUACGAUCUGUUGUUGAACAGCUAGAAGCGAAGGAAAAAGAGCGAUUGUGGGCUCGCCACCAAACUACUGGGGAUCUUGAUGAUGGGAAGCUUAUUGAAGGGAUCACUGGAGAGAGAAAUAUCUACAAGCGUCGGAUAGAUAAAUUACCUGAACCAGGUGCUCCACAGUUAAAACCAAAAAGGAUGCGGCUGUGUUUUGACGUGUCAGGAUCGAUGUACAGAUUCAAUGGUUAUGACAAGAGAUUGAACAAAUCUCUUGAAGCAGCCCUGAUGGUUAUGACAUCAUUCGAAGGCAAAGACGAUAAGAUUAUUUAUGACAUUACUGGCCACUCUGGAGAUGGUCCUUGCACGGAAUUUGUCAAGGAAGGACGAUAUCCUCAAAAUAACAAAGAGCGCCUAGAUAUCCUAAAACAGAUGCUUGCUCAUACUCAGUUCUGUGCUAGUGGAGAUUUCACUAUAGAGGGCCUUGAAGAUGCGAUACAAAAUUUGAGCAACAAGAAAGACUGUGACGAAAAAUUUGUUGUUCUCAUUUCUGAUGCGAACUUGGACAGAUAUGGAAUAUCCCCGAAAGAUCUCAUAAGGGCUAUGAACAAAAGUGAAGAUGUUCGUUCAUUUGUAAUAUUGAUUGGAUCUCUUGGUGAACAGGCUGCCAGGCUCAAGGAGGCAUUACCAGUUGGCAAGGCAUUUGUUUGUGAAAACACAUCUGAUCUCCCAAAGAUUAUGCAAACCAUUUUUACAUCCACACUUGCGUGA